AUUUCAAUUCAAAAUAAACACACAAAAACAGUGAAGCAGAAUUCGAUCGAGAGAGAUAGCUAUGGAGGGUGCAGGAGGAGAGACCCAAAUCAAAAACGGAGGCGGCGGAGCUAUGAGAUCGGACGUCGCAAUUCGCUGUGCAAAAGCCGCUUUUCUUCUCUCAUCGCUCAAAUCAUCGCCCAAUCGCCGCGUCAGCACCGCAAUCGACGACGACGACGACGAAAUCGCACAGGAGGAGAAGGAGAUGCUGAAGAAGGAGAUCGGAGAUCUAAAGGUGACGGUUGCGAGGGAGCGACUCAGGAACAAGAGGAUUAAGGUCUGUGGCUUGCUCGAGAUUCUUCUUCAGCUGGCGUUGCUCUUUGCAAUUUCCGCUUUCCUUUUCAUGCUCGUGAUUGAAGAUGGAGAAUCGUAAUUACUCUUUCCCCUGUGAAAAAGUGAAGUCGCAGCAGAAAACGAGUAAAUAAUUAGAGGCGGGAACAGCUGAUUAGUCUUAAUUUUUCAUUAAUUUCUUGAAUUUUUAGUUUCUUUUGGUUUGUUAAUGGAACUGAUUGCACCGUAUAGUGAGAAAGUUUUACUAUUAUUGUC